AUGGGCCCCUGUACCGCCUCCUCAUGCUGCUGCCAGGCCCGUAAUCUGCCAUGGUCCCCCAUACCGACUCCUCAUGCUGCUGCCAGGCCCGUAAUCUGUCAUGGGCCCCUGUACCGCCUCCUCAUGCUGCUGCCAGGUCCAGAGUGUGUCAUGGGUCCCUGUACGGCCUCCCAUUGCUGCUGUCUCCAUUACCACACUCUGCCAUGUGCCACUUUCAGGUCUCCUCACACUGCUGGUGGGUUCCAUUUUUUCAUAGGGUGCUGUAUGGCCUCCCAUUGCUGCUGCCUCCACCGCCACACUGUGGCUCCACACUCUGGUUUUGGCCCCGUGACUGCCCAAAUGAGUGAAGUGUGCGGUGAUUCUAAGAUCGACGGCACUCAUCUGCAUGUCAUACUGACUGACAGUAUUAUUUCUCUUCCCCAGCAGACUCCAAGGGCAUUUAAAUUAAAGGUACAGUGUUCUGCACUAAUAUAA